AUGUCUCAAGCGCUCCUUGAUCAGGGCAAAUUGGAAGAAGCACUACGUUACUACAGCAAAGCAUUAGAAAAGGAAAUGUGCGCAUCCAAUCCAGAUCAAAUUAAAAUUGCUAAAUAUAAUACUCAUAUUGGAGAGAUUUACUACAGACAACAACACUAUUCAAAAGCAUUAGAAUUCUAUAAGAAAGGGCUCGAAAUACAACUAACUGCGGUUCCAUCAAAUGAUUCGUCAUUGAUAAUAACAUACAACAAUAUUGCACAAGUAUACUAUUUCCUUGGCAGUUAUCAGGAAGCAAUUGAUUAUAUUAAACUAAAACUUGAAAUACAAGAAAAUUUACUUUCAGCAAAUCAUCUUGAUUUUGGUGAAACCUAUGACAACUUAGCUAAAGUAUUAUGUGAACAAGGUAACCUCGAAGAAUCAUUAGAGUAUGUGAGAAAAGCAUACGAAAUUCGUUCUAAACAUUUAUCUGCUGAUCAUCAAGAUGUUAUAGACAGCCUCGAAGGAAUUGCUCUACUAUAA